UUUGUCAGUCCUUUUUCAGGUGACAAUUGGCAGACUUCUUGGAUUUAUACUAUAAGCAAAAACACGAAGAAGAAUUCUGUGGGCCACACAUAUUGUCCUCUGACUCUUCCUUUGUUGAAUGCAAGUGGAAAAUUUUCAAAUAUGGAUACAUCACAUACAGAUGUGAUAGAAGAAAAGCCUAAAUUCCAAGAAUCACAUGAGAAUAAAUCUUCUCAUGAAAAAAAAGAUGGAUUUGGCGAUGGGAAUAAUGCUGGAGAACCAUCAAAUUUAAAAGAAGAGAAUGAGUCUACAGAUGGUAAAUCAGAUGAGCAAAGAACCAUCACUCAGAAAAUGGAUACACAAGAUGGUCAAGUUACACAAGACCAAAGCACAUUAGGAGAUCAUGGAAGAGUGCAGUCAGAGAAAGAAACAUUUAAAAUUGAUGGUCAUGACCAAGAAGAAGCUAAACAGCUAGAUAAGCCUUUCCUUGGGGAAGAAGGAAAGCAUAAAUCUAAAGAAUCACAUGAGAAUAAAUCUUCUUAUGAAGAAAAAGAUGGACUUGGUGAUGGAAAUAAUGCUGGAGAAUUAUCAAAUUUAAAGGGAGAGAAUGAGUCUACAGAUGGUAAAUCAGAUGAGCAAAGAACCAUCACUCAGAAAAUGGAUACACAAGAUGGUCAAGUUACACAAGACCAAAGCACAUUAAGAGAUCAUGGAAGAGUGCAGUCAGAGAAAGAAACAUUUAAAAUUGAUGGUUAUAACCAAGAAAAUGCUAAACAGCAAGUUACAGGUAAGCCUUCCCUUGGGGAAGAGCCACAAACUUGGGUCACAAAAGAAGAAAAUAAACCAUCAAAACAUGAAGUUCACAAAAAGCAGGAUCGUGCAACAGCUCAGUCAUCACAACUAUAUAUAACCAGACAGGGGAGAUGGCAAGAGGAAAAAGCACGGUUCCUGAAAAUGAAUGUAGAGGAGAGGCGCAAGAAAUAUGCUUGCAAGAGCAACUAUAUCACACUGAGUGAAAUUCGCAAAUGGUCAGGUGGCCAGGUGCAUGGUGAAAUUGAUGAGUUGAAUGCAAAGAUCUCAAUUUUCCAAGGGGAUAUAACAUGCCUUGAGAUUGAUGCCAUUGUCAAUGCUGCCAACAAUAGUCUCUUGGGCGGUGGAGGAGUGGAUGGGGCCAUUCAUCGUGCAGCUGGACCUGAACUCAGAAUGGAAAAUGCCACCCUGGGAGGGUGUGACACAGGAGAUGCAAAAAUUAGUGGAGGAUAUCAUGUGAUCAGCACUGUUGGGCCUAUUGGAGAAAAGCCGAAGUUACUCAGGUCAUGCUAUGAGAAAUCUCUAAGCAUACUUGUUGAGAAUGGACUUCGUACUAUUGCCUUCCCAUGCAUUUCAACUGGAAUAUAUGGCUACCCUCCUGAAGAAGCUGCUAAAGUUGCCCUUGAAACUGUAAGGAAAUUCCUGGAAAAAUAUGGUGACAAGCACAUCCUCUUCUUGGAUGAGAUCUUUAUGACAAAGCAGGUCUUCAAUGCCCAGAACAAUUGCCUGCUAGCUGCCAGAUUGGUGGAGAUGCCAUUUGGACAUUUCUGGGUGGCAGAAGCUGGCUGGAGUGAUAGUUUGGGCUGA